AUGUCACCGGCAGGUCAUGACCAGCCUAUAGCACGGCUCAAUGUACCACGUCAACUGAAAUCUGCUCUUAACGAUGCUGGCUAUAAAACACUGGCUGAUAUACGAACGUUUGCAGCGAGUGAUUUGGUCGCAGAACUCGGCAUACCGGAACAUCAAGCUGACAAUCUAUUACAGCAGAUUGCGAGCUAUCAAGCUGGUCCAUCUACUUCUUCCCAAGAUCCCAAGCCUCCUUUAUUAUCUCAAAAGCAUGUACAGGCAUCUACAGCUGCCGACCUACUGUCAUCCUCAUACUUACCCCAUUUCUCAACUUCUUCCGCAUCAAUAGACAAUCUCAUUGCCCAUUUCAAAGAUCCUCGUCACUCAUCGUUUUCUAGCCGAGCAUCAAGGAAGGGUAAGGAAAAAGAUGAGAGUGCUGCCAUAACACCAGGGAUGACUGUAGAGAUCUCUGGACCACCUGGAGGAGGAAAGACGGCACUCGCACUGGGGAUCGUCCUGAAUGCUAGGACGAUGAAGAUCAAAAGUAGAAGGGAAGAUGAUGAGGAGGCGGAAGAAGAGGCCGGAGAAGUGUUGAUCAUCGAUACGGAAGGAGGUAUAACUGCAGAAAGAGUAAGAAUGGCAGCUGUAACAGCUACUCGAGCAUGUUCAACACUACCGCGCGAUAUCCUCCACGGUAUUCAUUUUGUUCGCAUACCGACACAAACACAAAUGAUAGCAUUUCUGCAUACGCUGGAUGAUUGGUUAGAAGCUCACCCGAAAGUCAAUUUGAUCGUCAUUGAUACUCUGAGCCAUCAUUUCCGGCAACCAGGUCUCGAUAUGGGUACAAGAAGGAGGAUCAUGGAGCUAGUCAAACAGAAGAUUGGACAAGCUACUACACUACAUCGGUGUGCCGUGAUUGUCUGUAAUCAGCUGGCAACCAAGCUGUUAACGGCCGAGAACAAACCGGCUAAUUUCGAAACUGGUGACAGAGCUAUACUCAUGCCUCAACUUGGCGACUCGUGGACGACGGGUAAAACGCUACGACUGGUGUUAUUUCGCGGUCCACCCGGCGAUGAGCUGCGGUACGUUCACGCGGAAAUGUCAGGCAGUUCUAGAGAACUUCCUUGGGCGUGUUUUGAUAUUGAUAUUGACGGAAUGUCAUGUGACGUUCCUGAUAUGAUGUUCGCUCCACCUCUCACACCACCACCGAGAGAUUUAAUACCGAACCCAGAAACGUUGUUAGAUUUCUGA